ACCAAAUAGUCAGUUGCCUGUCAUGUACAUUCUUCGCUACUGUCAGGUAAUCAUCGCCUUGUAACAAGAUCAACCCAUUUGGUUGCCUUCUAGCACCCUUCACCUUCAUCUCCCGCGCCCUAUAUAGGCCAAAAUGUAUAUCAGGCUGGCAGAUCUCUUUCCACCAACUCCGAGACUGCGGGGAACAGACCUGGUAUAAUAUCACCAGACGAUAAAGUACUCCAUUCUCCAAAGACCAGCAUUGAAGGCAUUUCAUCUAAUGGAGACAUGAGACCCGUCUCAAGCCAACGUUCAGGGCUGUCCCCUACAUUGUCACUAGACAAUUCUGGAAUUGCCUCUCUCCCAAUCCAGAUGGAAACACGAGAGUCCACAUCACGAUCUCGUUCUAACAGCAUCUUAUCCGUAAACACUAUGGCCAAGACCCUCAAGGAGCAACUCGAGGACGCACGCGUUGAAUGUUCCUACGAUCGACGUCAGAAAUUCAUCCCACGAGAUAGCCUGAAGCGACUGAUCACCAGAGAAACCGUCCGAGUGAUUCUUCAAAAUGAAGGUCUCGGCCAGCACAAGGCCGACGACAUUGCGGAAUGUACAUCUAAACAGGCCAGAGGGCUUUUUGCGAUCCUUGUCUCACUUAAGAAGCCCCGGGAGAUUGAAGCUUUUCUUGAAGAACGCAUUUGUGACAGAAACAUUCCCUUUUGGCGCCCACCGAACGAUAGCGAUUACCGGCUACAUGUGAAACGAGAAGACGCCUAUGAGCCAGUCCAGUGUAUGAGUGGCUGGCAGAGGAGACAGAGAGAGAAAUUCGACGAAAAACAGCAGUGGAUUUCGGCGCAUUUUUUCGAGUAUCAGGGAAGCGAUAAUCUGGAAGAUCGCAUCGUACCUUUCGUCAAGUUAUUAGAUGACGACAAGAACCACGAAGUAAAGGAAGGUGCAUAUAGCAAGGUGUUUGCUUGCCGGAUUCAUCACGCGCAUCAUGACUUGCCCCUGAAGCGAGAUAGAAAAGGCAACAUCCCCUUGGUAGCGAUCAAAAAGCUCAAGUCCUUGGAUGAAGGGGAAUUCAAAAAAGAACACGAGGCUCUGAGGAGGAUCGCAACUCAUAGCCAUCUGAUCAAGCUGCUGGCCUCCUUUCGUCACAGGGAUGAGUGGCAUUUUGUCUUUCAAUACGCCGACUUUAAUCUCCGCACCUUCUGGGAGCAGCGGCCUCGUCCACCAUUUGACGAACGGACCAUCCGCUGGACGCUCAAGCAGAUGAUAGGAAUAGCCGACGGAUUGGUGCAUAUCCACGGGUUUCGUCCGACCUUCUCGCAGCCAGUAUCCCUAGUCAACCGGGACGCAAACAUGCAGGUAAUUUCAGAGAUAAAACUAGACGAGGAAGAGAAGAUAUUCGGGCGUCAUGGCGAUAUAAAGCCUGAGAAUAUCCUGUUUUUCCAGCUCAUGGACGGCAUUGAUGAUCCGGAUGGUGUUUUACAGAUCGCUGAUUUUGGCCUUGGGAGAUUCCACGGUCGUGAUUCUCGCUCAAACAUCGACCCAACCGGUGUGGUCUUUUCCCCUACUUACGAACCUCCCGAAUGCAAAAUCUUCAGACCCGUCUCUCGCGUGUACGACAUCUGGAGCCUCGGCUGUCUGUACCUUGAGUUCAUCACCUGGCUCCUAAAGGGGUACGCGGAGAUCGAGAAUUUCGCCGAGCACCGCAGUGAGAUUUCAGCUCUGGGCAUUAGCGAGGAUAACUUCUUUACUGUUCUUCCAUCUGGUGAUGAUGCCGAAGUACGCCGUGGGGUUCGUACGUGGGUUGAGGAGCUUCGCACUCUGCCGCAGUGCUCGCAACUUAUUCACGACCUACUCCACCUCAUCAUAGACGAUAUGAUUGUAAUCAAGGCAGAAGAUCGCAUCAGAUCGAUGGAGCUUCGCCGGCGAUUGUCUCAAAUGCAGGAUAAGGCGAAUGGCUGCAAGGAUUAUCUUCUGAAAGGGUGCCCUCGUCCUCGCUCAACAUAUCGUCUCCUCUCGUCAUCUGUGAACACGAGGGCAGAGCGACGGGCCCCGUCACACUUGCGAAGGGAUGUACGAUUUGCCGAGCGGGUGAAAACCGCUUGAAAGCAUGUCGACUUUGUAUUUCUUCCUUUCUCCUUUCCAAUUUUGCGUUCAUGGUAUGUUUUAAGCAGACUUGCGGACAUGCACAUGGUUGUUCGUUGCAGAAUUAGCAUACGAUCCUUCGCUUCAUGGCGUCGUCUUGACAUGGCAGUGAAUAGAUAGUUUACGGUGGUGUCUCUAAAUGCUGAUAAAUUUGAGCCCCGGCUACGAACGAGC